GGAAGAAGCUCUAGGAGCUUGUCCCGGACCAGCCAGAUGGCAAGGCUGAGUGGGGGAGGUGGAAUCGGGGUGAAGGGAUACCCCAAUCUCGACGUAACCUUUCCGACUAAGCCAGGAAUAGUAAAGGGAAGAUUCUGGACGUUCCCUGCAGGCUGCCUCCUUGCCGGCGCCCCCGCCCUCCGCCCCCAGCUGGAGCUGAGAGUAAUUCAUACAAAAGGAGGACUCGCCCCGGCCUCAGGGAAUCCCAGGGACCGUCGUUAAACUCCCACUAACCCAGAACCCAGAGAUCGCGGUGUCCCCGCCUCCCACCCACUCGCUGUCGUCAGCGUCGGGGUCGAGAGGAGCAUGCGCGAGCAGCAGCGUGCCCUUGAGUGGGCUGAGCGCACAUCGCCCACAGUCCCCGAGAAGUUGGGGGGAGGGGAUGGCAAUUGAACCGGUGCCUAGUGGAGGUGGCGCGGGGUAAACUGGGAAAGUGGUGUCGUGUGCUGGCUCCGCCCUUUCCCCCGAGGGUGGGGGAGAACCGUAUAUAAGUGCCGUAGUCGCCCUGAACGUUCUUUUUCGCAACGGGUUUGCCGCCAGAACACAGGUGCCGUGAAAACCGCCCAUAAAAGCCAAAAUGGGAAAGGAAAAGACUCACAUCAACAUCGUCGUCAUCGGACACGUAGAUUCGGGCAAGUCCACCACUACUGGCCAUCUGAUCUACAAAUGUGGUGGGAUCGACAAAAGAACCAUCGAGAAAUUUGAGAAGGAGGCCGCUGAAAUGGGAAAGGGCUCCUUCAAGUAUGCCUGGGUCUUGGAUAAACUGAAAGCUGAGCGUGAGCGUGGUAUCACCAUUGAUAUCUCCCUGUGGAAAUUUGAGACCAGCAAAUAUUAUGUGACUAUUAUUGAUGCCCCGGGACACAGAGACUUUAUCAAAAACAUGAUUACAGGCACAUCUCAGGCUGAUUGUGCUGUCCUGAUUGUUGCUGCUGGUGUUGGUGAAUUUGAAGCUGGUAUCUCAAAGAAUGGGCAGACCCGUGAGCAUGCCCUUCUGGCUUACACACUAGGUGUGAAACAACUAAUUGUUGGUGUUAACAAAAUGGAUUCCACUGAGCCGCCCUACAGCCAGAAAAGAUACGAAGAAAUUGUUAAAGAAGUCAGCACUUACAUUAAGAAAAUUGGCUACAACCCUGACACAGUAGCAUUUGUGCCAAUUUCUGGCUGGAAUGGUGACAACAUGUUGGAGCCAAGUGCUAAUAUGCCUUGGUUCAAGGGAUGGAAAGUCACCCGUAAAGAUGGCAAUGCCAGUGGAACCACACUGCUUGAAGCUCUGGAUUGCAUCCUGCCACCAACUCGUCCAACUGACAAGCCCUUGCGUCUGCCUCUCCAGGAUGUCUACAAAAUUGGCGGUAUUGGUACUGUGCCUGUGGGCCGAGUGGAGACCGGUGUUCUCAAACCUGGCAUGGUGGUCACCUUUGCUCCAGUCAACGUUACGACUGAAGUAAAGUCUGUGGAAAUGCACCAUGAAGCUUUGAGCGAAGCUCUUCCAGGGGACAAUGUGGGCUUCAACGUCAAGAAUGUGUCUGUCAAAGAUGUUCGUCGUGGCAACGUUGCUGGUGACAGCAAAAACGACCCACCAAUGGAAGCUGCUGGCUUCACUGCUCAGGUGAUUAUCCUGAACCAUCCAGGCCAAAUUAGUGCUGGGUAUGCUCCUGUACUGGAUUGUCACACAGCUCAUAUUGCCUGCAAGUUUGCUGAGCUGAAAGAAAAGAUUGACCGCCGCUCUGGAAAGAAGCUGGAGGAUGGCCCUAAAUUCUUGAAAUCUGGUGAUGCUGCCAUCGUCGAUAUGGUUCCUGGCAAGCCCAUGUGUGUCGAGAGCUUCUCAGACUAUCCUCCUCUGGGUCGUUUUGCUGUUCGUGAUAUGAGACAGACAGUUGCUGUGGGUGUCAUCAAAGCGGUGGACAAGAAGGCUGCUGGAGCUGGCAAGGUCACCAAAUCUGCCCAGAAAGCUCAGAAGGCUAAAUGAAUAUUAUCCCUAAUACCUGCCACCCCACUUUUAAACGGUGGAAGAACAGUUUCAGAACUGUUUGUUUCAAUUGGCCAUUUAAGUUUAAUAGUAAAAGACUGGUUGUUAAUAACAAUGCAUCGUAAAACCUUCAGGAGGAAAAGAAAAUGUUUUGUGGACCACUUUUGUUUCUUUUUGUGUGGCAGUUUUAAGUUAUUAGUUUUUAAAAUCAGUACUUUUUAAUGGAAACAACUUGACCAAAAAUCUGUCACAGAAUUUUGAGACCCAUUAAAACAAAGUUUAAUGAGAAACCUGUGUCUUCUUUUGGUCAACACUCAAAAUUUUAUAGAAAUCCUUAGGCAAAAGACUUUAUAUAUUUCUGGUGAUUAAAUGUGCUGCUGAAAUGUAGAAAAUAAUUGAGUUAAUGGUUUUUUUUCUAGGUUGGAAAUAAAAGGGUUUUUCCCUCCACCUAUUGCUAAGGAGGAAUCUUCAAGUGAAGUAGCUAGUGAAAAGCUAUGGGAGGUCUCAGGUUGCAACACUUGGUUGGGAUAGAAAUGUGGCAUACUUUCAUUCACCUGUAAUUUUAGGGAAGACAAAACCUUUAACUUUCAAGGCCAUGUGCUACAUAUAUAAAACUUGAUGGUUAAGUAGACUUAAAUUCUAGUUUUUCAGUUACUGGAAUGUGCAUUUACAAAUCGCUGCAGUUAAAAGAAGCUAGAAGUGAGGCUUAGAGUAGUAUUGAAGACUGUUCAGGUUUUGGAAGGAAAAGUUGGGCAUUAACUGUUACAUAAGAAAUUUAUUUCCAAUAGGAAUUUCAUGUACAGAGCCAGGAUUAGGUGAAAAGUUAACAUUUUCAGGCUGGAGGUUAAACUCAGUUUUUGAGGUACAGUGGUAAAUACAGCUUAAGUGAACAGGGAUAAAAGUGAGCUUAAGCUUUAGUUUGAAAUGGUUUUGAAAGUUACCAAAUGUUAUUCAAAAACAAUUAUAGGAGCAAGGCACUAACAAAUACUAAGGUUGGAAGUAGCUAAGUAGUUGAACAAGAAUGAGUCCUCCUGUAUUACUUUGUUGGGAUAAUUGUAAAAUUUGUCUAGGGGGGAACUUAAGAGUGCUGGUUACUAGCAGGGAAACAUAACAGGUAAUUGGUUUCCUUGAGGUCAGUCACUCCAAGUUCCUGGUUUUGGACACUUGUGUGCUUGAAAUAACACUUACCGUGAAUCUUUGAAGAUUUUAACAGUAAUUCUGUAUCGGCUUUAAUAUCUAAAGCAGUGUUUGUCUUAUGAAAAAACUUGUUUGGUUUACAAGAUAGGCAAAAUUACAUGACAUGUUAAUACAUGGCAAAUUAAGUGGGAUCUAGUUUAUGGGGUCAAAGAAUAUAUAGUUAUUGGUCACAUGCAAUGUGAUGGUCAAAAUUCAUAAGGGUUACCCCAUCAAGCUACUUGAUGUGGCCAUAGAUGAAAGACCAGUUUGAAAUGUUUGUAGCCUUUUACCCUCAUUUAAGUCUGAACUGGGUAAAAUACGUUAACAGUGCUCUCAGGCAUCGAGGGCUGUAAAUUGGAUGGCUAAAGAUAUUGUUCUCAGUUUCUUGCCUCAUGUUGGUGUAAGCUUGCUAUUUGCUUGAUCAGAAGAUACAAGGUCAUCUAGAAUGGCUGGCCAGUAGAUGGUUGAUAUAUUAAUAGCAAAUUGGCACAGCUGUAGGAUUUAUCAGGAGGGAUGUGUACUACUCCACCUCCAAGAAUCAAGGUCUAACUAAAAUUGCUACUAUGAAACCAUAGGAAAGCAGAACAAUCAGUCUCAGAAGAGCUCCAGUUCAGCUAAUUGUAUAGUAAGUUUCACUUCCCUGUCGAAACCCAGUGUGUGUGACUAAGACAACUGUCUGGUUUGAGCACCACCUACUGGUACUCAUUACAAACUAGCUAAAUACAAUAGAUGAAUUUUUAAACAGGAUAGAGGAGCAUAUAUUAACUAUAGUAACUACUGUGUUGGAAUUGAUUGAAAAUUUUUGGGAGUGGAUUUCAAAAGUGAAAACUAACUUGAAUGUCUGAAGCUGGUACUUAAAAACCAUGUUUUAAGUUGUACAGCCAUGUUUGGUUAUAAGUAACGUAAGAUGUGGACUUGAAGUUUUCUUCCAGAAAUUCCAAUGUGAUCUUAGGAUAUUAAAGGAAAUGGGAAAGGCAUUCUAGUUAAAAACAUCGUCAUUAAAGCGUAUCUUUUUUUUUUUUUCUUCUAACUCAUCCUAUACCCAAGUAAGGACAUCCAAAAUUACUGGGUUUUGGCCAGAUCAGAACUCAAUUUCAGUACCUUGCCUUUCCCAUAGUUAAUCCUACUGAUAAAUUACUUCCCAAAUCUUAGGUGAAUCAGGCCUCAGCUAUGACUCAUUUAAGUCUGCUGGUAGGACAUGAUUUGUUUUGAACUAACAUCAAUCCUGUCUCUUUUCUUUCUCCAUGAAGGAUAUUAACAGGUUAAUAGGCCAGAAUUUUAGCAUUGGGUUAUUUGUCAACAUGACCUUGCAAACGUUUUGUGGUGACUGUUACCUACCAUUUAUAUUUUAGUGUAAUUCCAAAAGGUUUCAUUUAAAGAUUGCCAUUUAAAUAUCCAUUGCUCUGAUCUGAUUAUUUGCAUCUGUCAAAAACUUGUCAUUUACCUUGAACUGCUUUUAGUAGGACCAUGGAUUUCUAAGGGUUAAAUGAGAGUUCAGUUUGUAGUCUAUGGGAGAUAGAACAAAGGUAAUGCGAAAGUGUUUCAAUAAUUCUACAUAACCAAAGGAUACUGGAAGAUUUGAAGCAAGGGACUUAAAAGUCCAAUUUUUAUAAAGAUACUACAUUAAAAGUUUUCUUAUAUAGUUAUCUAAGUUUUGACAAAUGUAUACAGUUAACCACAAAAUAGAAGUUUCUUCAUCCCCCAAAGUUCCCCUGUGCCCCUUUGUAGUCAACUCCUAAUCCCCAGCCCUUGGGGUAACCACUGAUCUGUUUAUUCUUACAAUUUUGUUUUUGCAAUACUCAGACCUGGGCUCAUGCAAUAUAUAAUCCUUUUGCGUCUGACCUCUAACUUAGCAUGAUGCAUUUGAGACUCAUCCAUUUUGCCUAUGUCAAUUAUCUGUUCCUUUUUAAUGGUGGAUGUAUGACUGUGUAUCCAUUCCCAGCCGAGGGACAUUUGGUUGUUUCCAGUUUGGGGCAAUUACGAAUAAAGCUGCUAUAAACAUUCA